AUGCUGAGGAUGAGUUUCCCCUGCCCGCGCAUCAGCGAUAUUUUUCAGAACACUGUCAUGAGGUCAGAUCCAGUGAUGAAAAUAAUGAGUGAAAACAAAGACUUUUUCGACAUGCUGCGAAAUCAGACCGGAUUAAAGCUAGAAACGUUGGAUUCAAUUUAUGAUGUGUUUGAUCCAUUGGAAAGCGAGCACGAUACAACAAUCAUUGCGCUGUUAUCCAACCUUGGGGUCUACGACGCCCAGCUGAUUCCUCAGUUCGCCGCCUGUGUCAUCAUCGAGGUACACGAAAACGACGGAGCUUAUUCUGUGAACCUUCUGUACAAAAUUGACGCUUCCUCGUCACUCGUUCCGUUGAUCAUUCCUGACUGUGCACCGAACUGCUCGAUGACGAAGUUCAUCGAGAUCACGCAGCGAUUCGGUUCACAAAGUUGGAAAGAAGCCUGUGGCAUCUCAGAGCCGAUGGCUUCACAGGAUCUCGUCAAGACGCUGAAAAUUAUUGCUAGCGUCAUGGGCGGAUUGGCUGUUUUAUUCUUGCUGCUGUUCAUGCUUUCACAACGUCGUCUUUACGAGAAGUUGAAAGCCUGA